AUGGCCUUAGCCGACAAGAAGAGCGUCCAUCUGUCAUCUUUUUGCCCUACCCCUGCGGAAGCGGCACAUUGGGUGUCAGUAGUCAAGGCGCAAGUGGCGAAAGCAUUGAAAGAAUACGUGGAUCACCUCCCUGGCGCGCCAGACAGGCUCAAGCUCCCUUCACUGAUGACCAAACCGCCACCCAUUGACCCCAUUGACAUGCACUUACCCAAUAUACAUUUCCUACGAAUGAUAGACGCGCCAGAUUCUUCAGCCGAGGGUGUCUCGCGGGUCCUAGACGAGGUCAUUCGGCAAAUAGGUCUAGAUAAGAAGAAGUACGCGGAAAGCCUGCUUGUAGCCGGAGGUGACGUGGGCUCGAAUCAAUUGCUCAAGAGCCUGCGUCAGAAGCGGUUUCCUCCUAUUGACUCCGUAGAGGGAAUCCAAUGGGUGCUCUCCAUCUUUGGUGGGGCUCAUACAACGUGGAACUUCACAAAGGCUCUACUAGGUCACCACUGGGGGAAAUCCGACAACGGCGAUGACACAGGAGCCUGGCGCUCGUUGUUUGCGUUGGGAGGAGAAUAUAAAAAACCUCCGGCGACGCAAGAUUUCAACACGAUUAUGCGCUCGGCCCGCAUACUUCAUAAGGCCAACCUGGUUCAUAUCAUAAGGUCAGCGUCUAUGUAUGAUACGAACUGGAACGCAUGUAUGUACUUACCCACCCUUGGUAAUUCAAGAGAGACAUUCGAGUCCAACCACGAAUUAGAUUUGACCAAGGCGAAAGACUGUGAACGUCUGGUUUAUAAUAACACGGCGUGCUCUGUUCAUGACGGAAUGUUGACCAAGCCACCCUUUGAGCGCCCUUAG